AUGUGCGUGACGAACCACAAGAUCAGGUUCGAAAUGCGAGAAGGUUUUAAUAUAUUCGAAGUAGAUGGUGAUGUAUAUCCUCGCGUCUUCACUAUCCUAUUUAAACAGAAAGCGAAUCUUGUUUGGUUAACUCAACAACUUGGAAGAGCCAACAAUAAAGCCCCAUCGAGAAUCAUUACCGAAAUGAUCGAGCUUGCGAAAUCGCUUAUCCAAUGCAGUUACGCAGAUCUUUUUACUACAACCACAAAUAUUUUACGAAGGUGUCAAGAGUUAUUCACAGAGAAAGAUAUCACAAAUGAAGAAAAGAAUUUCGCAAAUUCGAUUCUUAAGUUUACUUAUACUAUUUCCAGAAUUUUCAGUCAAAAUUCAUCCAAAAUCCAAAAUAGUAAAGCAGAUAGCGAAUAUCAUGUACUCGAAGAGGAAGAGUCCGAGCAAGAGGUUGAUGAAAAUGAAUGUGUUCUAUGUAGAAUCUGCGAACAAUUAAUUCCAAUCAAACUUUUACACGCCCACAAUCAGAGCUGCCUCAAAGCAUACGAAUCCGAGUUCAACAUGAUAACUACCGAUGAAAAAAUCAGAAAACUACAGAAUUUCAUAUCAAAAACAACAUUAGAUAUUCCAUGGCCCGGAGAGAAAGAAAAAGCCAUCACAACAAUUCUUCCUAUUUUCCAUUGUUUGUUAUUACUCGAUCACGCGUUAAAUGGUGAAUCUGAUACCAUUGAUCACGUAUACAAUACGAUCAAAUUUAUUCGAGUUCCAUCUGAAGACCAUAUCCUUACAAGAGCCAGGAAUCUUGUUCUAGAGAAGAUGAAGGCUGCUCAGAACUACGCAGAAGCUUCCCAAAGAUCACAAAUGACUCGUUUAAGAAAAACAGAUUUCGGAGUUCCAAGUUUACAAACAACCAUCGCAGAUUUCACUUUUAUCAAGAGAAUAUCGAGCGGUGCUUACGCAAAAGUUUAUUUAGCGGAGAAAAACAGCACAAAAGAUACUUACGCAAUAAAAGUUACUCCAAAGUCAGAAUUAAGACAGAAAAACGAGGUCAGAAGAGUUCUUACUGAAAAAGAUAUUCUUCUCAAAAAUUCAAACCCUUAUAUCGUAGAAAUUUAUUAUUCCAUCAUCGGAAAACACAAUCUGUAUUUGGUUAUGGAUUUUGUACCCGGUGGCGAUCUCUACUCCUUAUUACAGAACAUUGGAACUCUUGAUGAAGAUUCAUCUCGAAUUUAUAUCGCGCAAAUCGUUCAAGCUUUGGAUUUCCUUCACGGAAAAGGCAUAUUACAUCGAGAUCUCAAGCCAGAUAACAUUUUAAUCUCCUGCGAAGGAAAAUUAAAACUUACGGAUUUCGGUUUGUCGCUUUAUGGAGCUUUUGACCGUGGAAACAGUGAAGGCCUUGUUGGAACACCAGGAUACAUGGCACCAGAAAUCAUUUUAUCGCAGCCACAUAAUCAAUGUGUUGAUUAUUGGUCUUUAGGUGUCAUUUUAUUCGAAUUGCUUACUGGAAUUCCACCUUUCAACAGGGCAACUGAGCAGGAAACAUUCCAGGCCAUCGUUUCCGGAAAAUGCGAUUGGUCAUUAUUGGAAGACGUUUCAAAUGACGGAAUUGACUUCAUAAGAAAGUUGCUUACUGUUGAUCCUUCGAAACGCCUGGGAGCGAAUGGAAUUAGCGACAUUAAAAACCAUUCUUGGUUUAAAUCAAUUAAUUGGGACAAAGUUGAGGAACUCCCACCGCCUUUUGUUCCUAAAGUGACUCGUAAUAGCACAGAAUACUUCGAAGAAAGAUACGAGUUCCUUAAAAGCGAUGUAAUCGAAAAAGAUAUUAUUGAAGAUAUAGAAGAUGCCAGAAAGGUCGUUCCUAGAUCUGUAUCAAUGACUGACCUCUCUAAGCAGCAAAGCUUCAUGAGAAACUCAGAUUCUGACUCUUCAGACGAUUCAGAGAUUAUUGAAUUGUAUCAGUCUAUUUCUCUCAAGAACUUAUCAAGAAAGAGCACAAAUGCUGUAAAAACUAGAAGAAUUAGCAGCAAAAGUGAAGAUAAGACGUUUUAUAAGCUUGGAACGUCUAAUAGCUUCUGUUUACCACCACCUAUUCCUACUAAAUAA